UCAGCUGUUUCUUGUUGUUGAUGUUGAUUUUCGACUUGUCCUCACUGAUCUGUUCUUGUCCUUGGCUUCACAAAGAACAGUUACUCCAAUGUUUCUCUAUUCAAGAAGAAGCGAAGAAGGGUAAAUGCCUAAAUAAUGCAAACACCAGAAUUUGAGUAUGAAAGCUUUGUGAACUUUCAACCGAAGAUUGAUGAAAUUAAAAGAGAACCUGUUGGUGAAGAAAAUGAAAGAAAACCAGGAAAAGAAAAGUUUUCACACAUUACAGCUUAUAAUCGAGAAUUGCAAGGAACUGAUGAAAACCUCAGUGAAGAAAAUGAGGAAUCAUACAAAACUAUGGAGGAAGGGAGAGACUCCUCCAAAGACUGCAUAGAAUUGGAAUAUGAAAUUGAGCAAGAGGUUUAUACAUCAGAAAGCGACCAGGAAGACAUCCCUGCAAUUAGGCAAAAGAGGAGAAGCAAAUUAGCAAAUAAAUAUCUUAGAGAGAGUAAUUUGGGUGAAGAGUGCACUUGCGAUGUUUGUGGCAGAAAGUUGAAGAAUGCCCAAUCCCUGACAUCACACAUGCGUGUGCAUACUGGAGAAAGGCCGUUCAAGUGUGAUAUUUGUGGCUCAAGUUUUAAACAGGGCGGCACAUUGACAGCACAUCGGCGAUCACAUUUUGGACUCAAACUGUUCACGUGUAAAAGCUGCAAAAAGACCUUCAGCCGCUCAAGUGGCCUACGCAGGCACGAGAAGAUACACAGCGGCGAGAAACCGUACUCUUGUGAACUGUGCGGCAAGCAAUUUACAAGGUCUAGUCACGUGAGUUCGCAUAUGAGGGUGCAUUAUAACGAAGUCCACGAAGCAAGUAGCACAACGGUGGCGAUCCCAACUAAACGAUUUGCGUGUGAUGUUUGCGAUAAAACUUUCUUUGAUGGCAGCCAUCUUAGGAGUCAUCAAAGGGUGCACAACGGAGAAAGGCCCUAUAAAUGUAAUAUUUGUGAUAAGGCAUUUGCGCAGUCUAGCACUUUGAAAACUCACAAGCGAAUUCAUACCGGGGAAAAGCCGUACCAAUGUAAUGUCUGUGGUGAAAGGUUUUAUGCCAGUGGGAUUUUGACAAAACACAAACGCAAACACAACGAGGCAGACUGAUAUACCAGUUUCUUAGAAGUCUAGUGGGUUUUGUUAAGGGCCUAUCUUUACACGGGGAGGUUAGGCUCAUUUCUGUCAUUACCACGAGAUGGAUAAUUUAGGCUAUGAUGCUUUAUUUUGAGUGUAUUUCGCUAGAGGUACGUUAUUCUUUUCAACCCUUUAUUCAUUCAACUGAACUUAACUGAUAUUUUGAUCACAUUUCUUUGCAGACUAGCUCUGUGCGGUGAUAAAAAACGCCGUUGACCAUAAAACGUUUUGCUGAAAAUAGUAGCGAAAAGUGAACUCUUUGGCAAACUGUUUGUUUUUAAGCAAAAAGGGGAAAGGGUAUCUUAGUAAAUGGUGAAAGAAGGCAUUUUUCAAAUGAGCAAAUAGAGAUGUUUCCGAACGUUAUACCUUUUCAAACGCUUUGGAUCUCUUGCCUCGUUGCAAUCGAAAAUAUCAGCAUAUUCUAAGAUCAUGCGUUUAGCAAUGUAAAUCAUUGUUAACGUUGUGUAUUCAUGUUGAAUGUUAGCCUUCUGUGUUUUAUUGAAUGUAAACAAAUUCUAUGUAAUCUCAGAGGUCCAUGAGAUGAGAAAAGUCAACCCGGGUUGAGUUUGGAAGCAUAACACGUGUGAUAUGUGUGUGCUUUUCUUCCAAUGAAUAUCAGUGUAAAGCUGUUUUGAUUUUCAAUCCAAGACUUUCAAUCUUAUCUGAAGUCUUGCAACUAACACAAACGAGUUUCUAGCGGACAUGGCAAAUCUCAACCCGGGUGGACUUUCGUGAUGCGAUAAGCUCCUCAACCGAUUUAGGGCGAUAUGAUUUUAGGCACCAGUGAAAUAUAAUUUAUCUUGAUUUAAUCAAAUUUGGCAGUUAGACUGUACGAUAUUGCUACUUUGCUUGAAACCAAACUGGAGUACCGUAAAUUUUAUGUAAUCUUAUAAAUAUCUAAGUAGAAAUUAUUUCUUAAGGUAUGUUUAUCAACAGCAACCAUUUUUAAAAUGAUAUUAUAGAAUUUUCUGGUGUUAGCUCCUUGCAUCUCUGUAUUUAUUCCAAUCAAGCGUCGUUGUGACAAGUAUACUCAACCUUUUAAACCGGGUGAAACUGCAUUUACUAGUUGUCUAACUAAUCCAAAAAGGCCACGAAGAACGAUCUUGAGUAGUAAUAACGAUUAUGAGUAUAAAAGUAUUUAUAUCACGAGAAUGUUGGGAAAAGGAUGUGAAAGUGGUACUAAUCACCAGGGAAGAAUUUCGAACAUGAGAAUAGUGGGAGAAGGCAUGUAAAAGUAUCAUUGUAAGGCACGGUCCUCUAGGGAUGAAUUUCAUUUCGUUUUUAUUCUGAAAAGGGGGUGCUCUCUCCUCGAUUAGUUUAUCUAUUGAAAGGGCCCCUCCUUAACAAAUUCCCUGCAUGCAAGUCUACUAGUUUUUACUUAAAUCCUUGUUAUUGUUUGUAUUUGUAUUUAAUUACACUUAAUUAGCUUAUCUGAAAAUGUUUAUAUGUAGCGGAAUUUUAAAAUUAUGAACUGAACAUUUAAUUUUUGAAUAUUUAUGCAGGUUAAGGAUUUCAGUAGCUGUGCGAAAACAGGAAAGCCUAGAUUAAAAGGAGUUACAAUAGCUUAUAUGAUAUACUUGUAGAAUCGAGUAUAACAAAACUUAAUAUGAGAAUAAAAAAACCUUUCAUAUAGGCAGCUAGGACAAUGUUAAUUUAGAUCCCCCAUUCAGCUGAUUCCAUAAUUUUGCUUAGUGAUGACAAAAUGCUUUUUGGCCUAUGCACGUUCUUAGCCGAGGUAGCUGCCAGGUUCUUUUGGUAGAGCGACGAUUGCAAUUACUACCCUCUGAGCAUUCACGGAAAAGUUCUCCUGACUAUCGAGGUGCAAUUGAG